AUGCCAGCAAAAGUUCGUUCUGCAGUUGGGGCCUACAGCGCAUUGAACGACAACAAUCAGGGGAGUUCACGAAAUGAUGCUCAAAUUGGCCUAGGAAUUGCUAUCAAAGAAAUCGGCAUUUUUGAUGACGAAGAAAUUCGGUCAGCAGAUCAAUCAACUCGUCCAGUUCCGUGUCCGAAGGAACCAUUUAAAAUGCCAGCGUACGUUGGCUACGCUGAAGUAAUCAGCAUUGAUUUUCAAUUCAAAGGGAUGCCAUUGUUUUCUUAUGAAGCGUAA